AUCUCCGAUCUCGACGUCUUCUCUUGUCCUAAAUCUGCUCUGUGGUGGAUAACUUUGGAGGGAAGCAUAUCUACAGGAACACACAGACCUUAGAGUCACUUUGGUGGUUUUUUUGGUUUUUUGGACAGGACAUGGAUAAAGUUUUACGCACGUUCACGCACGAGAAGGACGCGCUUCUGAUGUAAAAAAGUUUUUACUGGAGCGCUGGAGAGACAUUUUUUUUGCUUUUUACAUUUUAUUCUACUGCUGGAUUUCAUGCUGGUUGUCAGAAACUUUUUAUCACAAAAAGUGUAGGAGUGUCACACAGGACAUUUUGUGUAUUUUUUCUCAAGUUGGUGAUUCAACACCCGAUGAUCUAGCGCUCACUCGUCACAUUUUUUCCACAUCCCUGCUUGAGAGCCUCCUCUCCCAUCGUCCAUCCUCCGCAGACCCAGACGUUCUGCAAGUUGCCCGGCGACCCAGUCAGCGUGACACUGACCCGAGCUGUUGUUGUGAUGCAUAUUCCCGUAGAGCCGCCCACCACCAGACGGUUCACGCCGCCCUCCACAUCCUUCACCUGUAGUAAGAUUGUAGACGGCAACGGGGCCAUGGCCACCCCGGGGCCCCUCAGGGCGAGACCCGAUACCAGGAACGUGGUGGAUGUUCUGGCGGACCACGCUGGCGAGUUGGUCCGGACCGACAGCCCGAACUUCCUCUGCUCGGUUCUUCCGUCCCAUUGGAGGUGCAACAAGACCCUUCCCGUGGCUUUUAAGGUUGUGGCCCUCGGUGAUGUUCCUGACGGGACACUGGUGACCGUUAUGGCCGGAAAUGAUGAGAACUACUCGGCCGAGCUGAGGAACGCUUCCGCGGUGAUGAAGAACCAAGUGGCCCGCUUCAAUGACCUGCGCUUUGUCGGAAGGAGCGGACGAGGGAAAAGCUUCACUCUGACCAUCACUGUUUUCACCGGACCGCCUCAAGUGGCCACUUACCACCGCGCCAUCAAGGUCACUGUGGAUGGGCCCCGUGAACCACGCAGGCACAGAGUGAAGAUGGAAGAUUCGCAGAAGCAAUUUUCAGACAGGCUGUCAGAGAUUGAACGCUAUCAGCGGACCAUGCGGAUAGGUCCAGUGAAUAAUAAUCCUCGGCCCCUUCCUCAAAGCCACCUCAGCACCACACCAGCAGCCCUGUGGCAGGAUCAGAUGGACACCCCCACUUUGAAAACAUGCAAGGUGGAGGAAGACCUGAGACCAUGGCCAGGAACGACCGAUCUCUUCCAGCAGAGGACCACCUUCCCCUCUCCUCUGACUGAUCCACGCUUCUCCGACCCUCGCAUACAUUACCCAGGAGCCUUCCCUUACUCCACCAACACUUCCAGCACCGGCAUCAGUGGCCUCAGCAUGUCCGCUCCAUCCCGAUACCACACCUACCUUCCGCCACCCUACUCAAACAACCAAACCCAGAACUUCCAGUCCAAUUCCUACCUUUAUUACGGAACAGGAUCUGGGUCCUAUCAAUUCUCCAUGGUGGCGCCAGGUAACACCGGGGGCGAACGCUCCCCCACACGCCUCCUCUCCUGUUCGGGUGCCGGCGGCACCGGUGGCACCAACAGCCUGAUGAACCCAGGCCUGAAUGCCCAGAGCGAGGGCGUCGAGGCCGAUGGCAGCCACAGCAAUUCCCCCACGGCCAUGAGCGCCUCGGGUCGCCUGGAUGAGUCCGUCUGGAGGCCUUACUGACUGGCAGACAUGUGGAAACCGGGGGUACAGGAAGGGUGGACAAGCGGAAGAGAAGGAUGAACAAAAUCGUGAACACUGAAAGAAAAGAAAGAAAAAUGAUGCAUGUUUGUCUUUUAUUUCUGUAGCACUCGCUUAUUAAGCCUUUCUGCAUUUUAACGCUGACGAAACGUCCAUGUAUUUUGUAAAAAACUGUGUGAAUCCUUGCACUGUGCUAAGACAUGUACCUUUUAAAAAGCCAUAUGAGCUGAGACGAUGGAGAGCUUGGAAGAAGCCAUAUCGUUAACAGCAGACGUGGACUUCAGACUGAGUCAGCCCACAUGAGGGUGGAGGAGAGCAACCAGACGGAAUGUUUGCCCCACGAGUGACUCAGACAUCCUUCCAAGGCUUGGCUGCACUGCUGUAGCAAUCAGUCCUUCUAAGCUUUCAUUUGGAAUUAUGCAAAAACAAUGUUUCAAAUAUUUAAAAAAAAAAAAAAAAACAUCUCCCGGUUGCAUCAUACGCUCAGACGGACCUUAAUUUACCAUCCAAAAAAGGACACGUCGGCCUCGGUGAUGCUGCAUGCAGGUUGGCUUCAAGACAAUGGACUUCCUCUGCUGAGACAUCCGUCAAUCAAGUUAGAACAAGACGGUGGACAAUCUUCUAAGGAAUGUGCAGAGAACAGUUUUCAUCCCUGUAGGAGAAAUCCCUGUUACGACUUUUUUUUAUUAUUUUCAUGAAAGUCUGGUGUUUUGAAACUGGAUGACACGGUUUACUUUUUCAUAUUUAUUUGAGCCAAAUUUUGAGGAAAUGUGUGCAUUUUACCCCAAAUCCUUAAAGUAUUUCUCUCCAUAAUUCCUCUUUUUUUAUAUAUAGAUUUUUUUUUUUACAGUAUAUGCAUCAUGUUUUGUCUUUAAGUAUACAUUUGGAAUUCUUGUAAUAUAUUGCAACUAAAUUAUGAAAAAAAAACUUAGCUUUAAUGUAAUUAUUUUGUCUUCCAAUGUAGCUUUGAUGCACUAAAAAAAAAAACUUUUUUCUCUAUGAACCACGCCCGACAGACUUUGUUAGUGAGAUGAUAUAUCUAAAGCUUUAAAACUUCCAAAUUUGCCUUCCUGCGCUGAAUAAGCCAUUUAAUUUUUGCACUAAUUUUUAUUUCUCUUCUUACGUCAUUACAUACAUCAAAAAAGCCUACCAAAGCAAUUUAUAAAGCACAUUUCUGUACAUAUUUGCUGAAUACACUCAUUCAUGCACGGUUCCUAAUGAGACACCCAUGCACAUACAGUACAUGCGUGUACUCACGCAUAUGAUACUUCAAUCCCUGAAGGAGACACAGUGUAGGGAUGAAGGGAGGAGGAGCGGCGUCAAAGUGGUGUCUUCUUACACCGAUGGCAAUUAUGCAAAAGAAGAAAGCCGUUCGCCGUGCACAGGCCCCUUUGUUCUGGAAAAAUCUGUAAGAAUUUUGAAGCCCUGACGGCCUGUCGCUUGUGGUCUAAUUUACUGAUCGCUGGUGCCAGGGGCUUCCUGACUAUGCCAAUAUUUCACACGUCUAUGCAGGAUCAUCUUGGUAUGAGCCACACUGCGGUAUUUACAGCAUGUAUCAGGUAUCUUAUCUAUGAGAAGAUCUUACACAACGUGAGUCAUGACUUUAAAAGAGGCUUUGUAGUAAAGGCCAGAAUAGAGAAUAGAAUCCUAAAGUCCUGUUAUGUUAUGCAGGUAUGCAAACAUACUAGCCUUUUCCUUCUUUUCCUUCCUCCUCGCCCUCUUCUCUUCUUUGUGGUUGAAGACUGUUACGAUAGUUUAAAAAAAAAAAUCACGCAGCUAGAGAAACCAAAUACAUUUUUUUAUGCGUACAAAAGCAUUUGCAAUGAGAAAAGUGUGGUAAAAAUCAUCUCUAAUGUCAUUGUUAAUGUAACAGUAGGAAUCCAAAAUGUACAAGUGAACUGUAAUUUAUUGUAUAUUGGAUUAAUGAGCACAAUGUUAUUUCUUUUUCUUUUUAAAAGAAUUUUCUUUCCAUAUACCCAAAAUAUUAACUUACUUUCCCUGUCUGUUUCAAUGCUCAAAGCAUGUACAUCUGAUAUGUUAAUUUAAAGAAU